ACGGCCCAAUACUUUACCUAGCUCGGAAAAAUGGGUAGAAAUAGAUGCGGAAACAGUAGAUAAUCUCGAAAAACAAAAUGCCAUUCGUCAUUUGCAAAAAAUAAAUCCAGGAUUAAACAAAACGAAACUGUCGGAACGGGUUGCAAGUGAAAAUGGAGAAAACACAUCAUCGAGUUCUAACGAUUCACAAAAUAAUGAAGGUGAAAUUAACUUAGAAGGAAAGAUAAUUCUUUCCGAAACAAAAUGGGCAAAACCUAGGAAAUCGGAAAAUGAAUCAAUAAUCGACCUUUUUUCUGAUGUGGAUUGGGAUAAAAAGGCAAAAAAGAACUGGAGUGCUGGAAAUCGAAUCAAGAGAUGGAAUAAUCACGCGAAAAAUACCGAUAGGAAAGAUAAUCUAUGGUCAAAGACUUUUGACGGGCCCUCGAAUGGUGGUCAAGAUCGAUCAGAACGUAAUCGUAAUGACCAACCUAAGCCGCCAGGAUCCGAUAGAAUGUUUGAUCGCCUUUUUGAAGAUGGAACGAAUGCACAGUCGCGGCAGAAAUUUUCCUCUGGAUUGUCAGGCGGUGUAAGCCUUGAAAAGAGAAGUUCGAGUCUACCACCAUUCAGCCGUCAUCCACUAAAGAGACAACCCCUUCCUUCGCUGGGAAAAUCAGAACUUCCAUCCAAAAUGGAAAUUUCGAAUGAUAUUGCUCUCGAGUCAACAGCAAUAGGAGAAUCUCAAGGUCUUCGUAAAGAUGAAGAUAGAGUUUCCCGUGCGCGUCAAAAAUUUGGGCUAAGAAAAGAUAGAAUAGGUGCAUUCACGGAACCUCAUAAGACCAAGUAUAUCCGGAAGGGUCAUGAAAGAAUGACAGAGGAAGAAAAAGAGUUUGAUGUAGAUGUUGGUUUUGAAAGACCAAAGAAAAAACAGCAAGUCCAUAGGGAAGCACAAGAAAUUCAAAGGGAAAUUUUCCUUCCAGAAGCUAUUAGCAUUUCUAAUUUAGCAAAGCUUAUUGGCGAACGAAUGGGUGAGCAGACAAAGGUUCAGGUGCUGAAUUCCGAAGAGGCAUCAUUGAUCGUGAUGGAAUAUAAUUUGAAUCCGGUAGUCAAUAGUGUUGCAUCAUUGGAUCUUUAUUCAAAACCUAAACCCGCCGACAUGUCUAAACAUCCGUUUCGUCCUCCGAUCGUGACUAUAAUGGGUCACGUUGACCACGGGAAAACCACCCUUCUAGAUAAUUUGCGAAAAUCCUCUGUGGCGGCUGGCGAAGUAGGCGGAAUCACUCAGCAUAUCGGUGCUUUCUCAGUUUCAUUACCUUCGAAGAAGACUAUAACCUUUCUUGACACACCUGGUCAUGCCGCCUUUUCGGCUAUGCGUGCCCGUGGUGCUCAUGUAACUGAUAUCAUCGUUCUAGUGGUUGCGGCUGAUGACGGUGUGAUGCCGCAGACGCUGGAGGCUAUUAAGCACGCCAAAGAUGCCGGAGUGCCUAUGAUUGUAGCGAUUAACAAGAUUGAUAGGCAUGACGCGAACGUGGCUAAAGUACGCGAAGGUCUUAUGUCGAAUGGUGUGGAACUUGAGGAAUACGGCGGGGAAACACAGUGCGUCGAGAUUUCUGCCAUGACGGGUAAAGGUUUGGUGGAAUUAGAGGAAUCUAUCAUAACUCUAGCUGAAUUAAUGGAAUAUCGUGCCGAGAUUGACACUGAAGCCGAGGGUAAUAUAAUAGAAUCACUGAUAGAAAAGGGAAAAGGAAAUGUUGCCACGGUGUUGGUGAGACGUGGCACCUUAAGACAAGGAGAUGUUAUAGUUGCAGGUACAAGUUGGUGCAAAGUUAGACUGAUGACUGACGAUAAAGGUCAUUCGCUUAAGCAAGCGUUACCUGGUACUCCUGUGAAAGUCAUUGGCUGGAAGGAUCUUCCAAAGGCUGGUGACGAAGUUCUUCAGGCGAAGGAUGAGGAAAUCGCAAAAACCGUGGUCAAUAACCGGAAGUUAAGAGGGGAACGGGAAAAGCAAUUGAGGGAUCUCGAGGUUAUUAAUGAAAAGCGAAGACAACGUAAACAAGAGUUGGAAAUUGAGCAAGCUAAUGCUAGAAAUUUCAAGAAAGAGGUUUGGAUGUUCCAUAAAGGCUUGCUUAAGGAAUACCCUACUAUCUCCCCCCCUCCUGAAAACAAAGCAAAGAUUGAGGAAAAUAAUGUCAAAGAAUUGAGAGUUGUCGUCAAAGCCGACGUCAGUGGUUCUGUCGAGGCAGUUGUAAACUCAUUAGACAUGAUAGGUAACGAAGAAGUCAAUGUUAACUUGGUCGACUUUGGAGUAGGUGAUGUUAACGAGUCAGAUGUCACAAAAGCUUCAGCUUCAAAGUCCCUGAUAUAUGGAUUUAAUGUCAAGGUGAACCCAAAGGCUGGUGUAUUGGCGAAGAUGGAACACGUCGACAUCGUAACAUAUGAUAUUAUUUACAAGCUAUUGGACGAUGUGAAAGAUCGAUUAUCCAAGAUGUUACCGCCCAUUCUGGAAACCCAUAUCACGGGUGAAGCGAUGGUAUUAAAAAUAUUUGAGGUCAAUGUUAGAAGCAAGGAAUUUAGGCCUGUGGCUGGUUGCAGGAUCACGAGUGGUAUGGUGACCAAGACUCAAAAAGCUCGAGUGAUGAGGGGUGAAAAGCAAAUUUGGGAAGGUUCGAUUGAAUCAUUGAAACAGGUGAAAAAUGAUAUUCUCGAGGCGAAGAAAGGAACAGAAUGUGGCAUAAUGCUCCAGGGGUUCACGAACUUCAAAGAAGGAGAUACCAUCCAGACCGUGGUUAUCAAGGAGGUGCCACGUACUUUAUAG